UUGGCUGCCGUGGCAGUGUAAUUUGACAGUUUACACGAAAAGUGGUAUACAUAUGUGUGCGUUGUGCUCCAAAUGGAGAGAAAAGUGUUGAAAAAAGAGUUUUCUAAUGUUUGGUGAUGCUCAAAGUGUGCAAAAAACCCCGUAUUUUCAUAGGCAAAUUUACAAAUAGGCUGGAUAGAUGGGGAUUGUGGUGGGGAGUGGCGGAGACGAGGUCCUGAAGGGGCGAUAAGAAAUAUGUGUACCUGCUGUUUGUUUUACAAUCCCAAUCAAUCGCCUUUUGUUUGAAAAGUGGAAAAUAGCUGGGAAUUUUCAUGAAGACUCACGCGAGUGCACAAGAUUGCCGCGGUGCUCAGUAGCUGGGAGUAUGUCCGGAGUGUUUUAGAGCGGGAGAGAGUGUCUUUGCACCUGCUUUGUGGCUCGGAACGUCCAACAGUAUGUUCACGAAGAAGUCCCAUGCCGACGUGAAGAAGUCCACCCUGAAGAUUCAGGACUGCAAGAAGGACUCCCAGACGCGACUCCGCCACCUCAAGACCAUUCUGGAUCAUGUGGACUUGGAGGAGGCAAAAUCCCUGUUUGAAUCCAAUUACAGUCACGUGUAUUAUGUGCUAUACGAUACCUUCAUCCAGGCUGAGUCGAAUUUGAAACAAAGAGAGCUCUCAUUUCAUAUUGUUCACAAGGCGCACCGAGAAGAGUUGGACGGUUCUCUAUGGCUUCUCGGGAAAAUCCUAUGUCUGCUGCCGGAGCUCAUAGCGAAGCGAUGGCAAUGCCACUCGCUGGGGAGGAUUAUGAACAAAUUGCUGCAUCCCGGAAACAGCGCAAAGCUGAGGCGGGAGGGAGUGAGGUAUUUCUUGCUGUGGUACCAGGCAAUGGGUGAAAAUGCACCGCCUUUGGUUCACACGAUGUUUGCGGAUUUGGUGCCGGGAUUGAGUAUUCCCCAGAAGGGCGCCGGUCUGAAUCUGGACACCGAAUAUGCCGGCACGGAUAUUCUCAAUCAUCCUAACAUGAAAUUGGAAAUGGGAACAUCUGUGUUUCACGACACUGGAAUCCAUCCAGUGAGAAGUCCUGAGAUCUCACCACUUUUGCCGCCCGGAUCCAAUGAGCGCACGGCGGCUCCUGAUCCUAAGGACGGCCUGGAAGUGCUCCUAGACUGCAUGGUGCAAGCCACAGGGUGUAUAAAGUGGCGCGAUAACACACCGCAGAGACACAUGAGGAGCUUCCAUUUCCUGCUGAGCAGAUUUCAGGAAGUUUAUCUGCCUGUCUUCUGUCCCAGUUUCGAUCACACAACAUCGAUUUACGAGCCCAAAUUGGACUUGCCCACCAUGCGAACAGUGAGUCGACGCGAAGAGGUGAUGAGCUCGUGUGUUGUGGUGUUGAUCAACUGGAUGUCACGGUUCACACAUGAGAAAGGUGCACACAAUAGGAUGGACCAAUUCACAAUGGAGGAAGAUGUCGGGGAGAAUGCGAGUUUGCUGUGGAAUUUGCGCCAAAUGGGUUUCUCCCAGGCACAAUUAGUGAGAGAUGUGUUGUAUUCGACACGUGAGACGGUGAAUUUUGUCCACGAGGUGUACAGACAGGCAUUUCUGCUGGGUUACUCGUCCAAAGCUCAGAUUGAGGCAAUCAAAAUCGCUAUAGCUGUCUAUAGAGAUUGGAUGAGCAAUACGCCGCCGCCUUUCCUGCUCGAACCGUCGGAGGAUGGAUGUCAUGGUGUGGAGAAGAGUCACAGAAACCAGAGACUUCGCACGGACUCCUACAUAGGUGCUAUCUACAAGGAGAACCUGAUCAUUCGGGCGGGACUCCAGAAUGUCUUGCAGGUGUUUGUCACGCAUGCAUCCAAUGUCUUCAUGAUCCACACGGAGCAGCUCAAUAUCAUCUUCCAGUCAAAAUCGCGGGAUAUCACAACAACCGCCCUCGAUGAGCAGACGGACAUUUGCAAGAGAGUCCUCAACAUCUACCGGACAAUGGUGAUGAACACGAGAAUGGAUGGGAGAAGUUGGGAGCAACUGUUGCUGGUCCUACUGCAGAUUACGUCGGUUAUUCUGAGCGAUAAUGUGUCCAGUUCCAAGAAGAACACCCUCGGCGGAAGACUGGCUCAACCCAUCUUCCAAACCCUAAUUGUCACUUGGAUCAGGGCACACACGAAUGUCCAUGUUAACACGGCUCUUUGGGAGAAGUUUCUGUCUGUGCUCUCUUCUCUCACGCACAGAGAGGAACUCAUAAUUGAAUGGGACAAGACUAUGCAGACCUUAACUAGGGUUUUAGCACGCCAAGUGUACAAUCUCAAUCUGCAGGAUUUGCCUCUGGACCGUUUGGCGGAGAACAAGGGCAAGAGGAGGCGCGGAGUGUCCAUUUGGCAGCAAACGGAUCAUCAUAUAGUGUCUGAGGGGCAGAUAACGCCCAGUUCAUCGAAGCAGGACCAAGAAGUGACUAAUGGACAGGCGGCAAGAGACGUGGGAAGUCAGGCGAGAAGCAUCCCAGGCACGCCAGCUCUCAAUCGGAGCUACAGCGAAGGAAGUUUGGCGCCUACGAAGCGCCUUCGGAGCCGGAAACGCUUAAAGCAUCACAAAGUGCCGGCCCUGCCCGUGAAUGUGGAGCACUCUCUGAAUCGCAUGCUUUCCAACACUCCAACCAAUCUAAGUAUUAGCUCAGAAGCUCUCAACACAUCCCGAUCCAGUCAAAGUGGCGGUGAAUCCAACACCCUGAGACGCGCUCUGUCGCUGGACUCCAUUCGACCAACUGGUGAGGUCGCGAGAGGUGAUGACAGUCGUCACGAUUCUCGCAGUCCUUCUCCGACAGCGUCCAGCGGAAUAGAGGGUGGUUCCAUUAAGGAUUCACCGCUGCAGAUUGACAUGAUGACAGGCGAUUCGAGCAGCAUUGACACCCAGGAGGACGGGAAUGUCUCCAUCGACAGGAGAUCUAUUCUGGCUGGGGGAUCAGCGAGAGGAUGGCUCCCAGAUGUGGCGGCAAUCAUGUGGAAGCGCAUGUUGGGCGCUCUUGGGAAUGUGAAUCAGAUUCAGAGCCCCAAGCUGCAUGCGCAGAUCUUCAGGCACUUGGUGGAGAUGACAUCGAGUCUGAUCAAGAUUCGCCUCAAUCAGGGCAUCUCGAAUGACAAUCAAACUACACCGAUACCACCCACUCUAGUUCCUCCUAUUGGUCUCAUUGCGCCAUGGUGUUUCGGAGCUCUAGCCCUGGAUUCGCAGUAUCGCGAGGGGAAAAUUUGCGCCCUGCAACUUCUCUGCAUAAUGGCCAAAAACUCCCAGUUGAACGGAAUGGACCAGUUGCCUCUAUUCUACAGUGCUCUCCAUCAGGCCCUCACGGGUGUUGAUCGCGAUCUGGCCUACACUGCUCUUCGUUUCCUAGGUGGAUCACGAUUCCUCAGUCUCCUGCUGCCGGGUCACACUCUCCUCCUGCUGGAUUUGGUUCACGCCUCCACAGUGUUGAUAACUUCAUCGAACUGUGGAAGUCAUGCUCCUCGGUCUGAAGUAGCUGGACUUUUGGGAUCGCUGUUGUGUUUCCCGCGAACUUCCCUCCCGAAACCAGUGCUCAACCCUUCAGGGCCUCAUGUGGACUUGAUGGAGUGUCCCGAUCUCCAGGAGCACGUGCUCAAUGUUGUGAUGCGAUGCGCUCGCCGUGAGCCCACUUCCAAGGCUCGCUGCAUUGCAAUAGCAUCGCUUGGGCAAUGGAUUGUGCAGAAUCUAUCCAACUACUCGGCUUUCUACACCGGCACUGGAUUCACACAGCAAAUUCCAUCCCAACAUUCGCAACGAAGUGAUAAGCAAACGGUGGUGAAUCCCAGGAUUACGGAAGCUGUGCAGAUUAUUCUGCAAGCGCUCCAAUUUAAGAAUCGAACAAUCGCGAGAAUUGCAUCGGAAACAUUGAGAUUGUGUGCCGAGAAGGGCAGAUAUCUGGCCAAGAUUGAAAGACUCCCACAGAUGAUUAUCAAUGCUUUGUGCAUCGCUCUCGAGAUUCAGAACACCAGUCAUCCCAAGGAAAGUGACAAGGUCGUGAUAAACUCUCUGCUGCUGUGCAUAGGGGAGUUUUGCAUGCAGACUCCGGUGAAAAUCCUACAAGAAGCAUCGAAUUCGGAGUCAGGAAACACGUUGAUCUUGAAUGUACUUAGAGUGCUGCAUCAUAUAGCGACGGGAACGAAGUUCGAUCGUGUGAAACUCUUCACGGCCGAUGAGGACUUUGAUAUGACAAUCAAUGUGGACGACGCAAGGGAGCAACUGACCAAUGAGCCAAACUACCAAACCACGGAGACCACGCAGAACUGCUUGUUCACCAUCAGACUGUGUGCCAAGACGGUGGCGAUGCAUUUAGUCACCAACUUGGGACACUUUCCUAUUGGGAUCGGAGCUUCGCGCUUGAGUUCGAUGGUGGAUGAGCAGGAUGAUCUCAACCUGAUGGCUAUUCAGACGGCCACAAAUAGUGUUCAUGCAAGAGAUUCUGUCGACCUGGGAACUCCUCAAGUGCUGAGUGCGCCUAAUUUGCAGUUGUUCAUGCUCAACAAGAAUCUGGUUGCCAGUUUCGUGGAGUUGCCCACUCUUAAGCUUCCCGGAGGUGGGAUCACAGCGGGCUUGGUGACGGCUGAUCGCCAGGUGCGUCUGCUGUUGCGCGACAUAAAUGGCAAAGCGUGCUGGGACGCUUCGGUUCUGUACAGGGAGCCGAGAUUGAUGCAUGGCUCGACUUUGAAGUUAUCAGAUCAAGUGAGUACGACUUCUGGAGCGUCUCUGCACACCAGAGCAUUCAGCAUCGGGAAGAACUUCAUGGUGUCCCUGGAUCCUAUGACAUCAAUUGUGGGAAUGCCUCUGCCGCCUGUGAGGCACACUUUGAGACAUCGUCCGCCGGGUCAGCUGCCGGUGGCGGGUGAUUUGGAGCCUGAUCUGGAUCAGCUGGAUGACUUGCUGCAGUACAUUGGACACACGAGUCCCGAGUGUCUCGAUGUUGGGAGAACACCUCUCAACACUGCCGGUCCCACUCCGCUGGGCAACAACGUGGAGACCCAGGCAAUCUCGAUAAUUCUGAAUCAGAAGAACAUGGAGCAGGACUAUGUGGCGAGACACAGUAGCUUCAGUUCGGCUCUCAAUGCGUGCAAUAUCUCCCAAAUAAGCCAGUUCGAUAGCUUCACUGAUGACACCCUGGAGGAGAGCGUGAGCUCCGCGGGUAGAGGUGAUCCCGCCUUCCACUAUUGCCGUCUGCUCUUCAGUCAACUGGGCCUGGCCAGUUGGGAGAAGAGGCAGAGGACGAAUCUACUUACUCGCACGGACAAACUGUUGCGAGAGCUCAGGAAUCUUGAUACGCAAAAGUGUCGCGAAACGCACAAAAUGGCCGUGAUCUACGUGGGAUCUGGUCAGGAGGACAAGAAUAGUAUCUUGAGGAACACUUGCGGCAGCAGCACUUAUGAGAUGUUCGUGUCGGCGCUCGGGUGGGAAAUUGAGCUGGAGUCUCACAACGGAUUUCUCGGCGGCUUGCCCAGAACUGGAUGCGGCUCCACGGCGCCGUAUUACGCCACGCCCUUCCUCGAGGCGAUCUACCACGUGGCCACGAGAAUGCCUUCGGACACGCCUGAGGCCAUUCUCAACAAGACUCGCCACUUGGGCAACGAUGAGGUGCACAUCGUGUGGAGCGAACACUCGCGCGACUACCGAAGGGACAUUCUGCCGACAGAGUUCUGCGAUGUCCUCAUCGUGGUGUAUCCGCUGAGGAGUGGACUGUUCCGCGUGACGGUGAAUCGCAAGGCUGAUGUGCCCUGGUUUGGGCCCAUUUGGGAUGAGGCAGUGGUCGGCGGAGCUUGCUUGGCCACUCUCGUGCGCGCGACGGCAAUCAACGCCAGUCGAGCCAAGAGGACUUCGCUCAAUUUCUACCAGCAAUUCUACGAGGAGAGACAUCGAUCUUUGGAAACAGUGUCGUCGAGACAUAAGGAGAAUACGACUUUUGAGGAAUUCGCCAGUCGCGUCUUUUUGCCUAUUCAAUCUGCGACCUAUCCCUCAACAACAUCAUCCGGGAAUACGGGAAGUGCUCCUCUGGCCGCGGCCUUGAUUGAUCACCAGAAGACAGGGUCAAAAACUUGGAUGCAACACUUGGACAUUGGCGCCCGAGAGUCGAAUAGUCAACAGAGUGCAAUGAGCAGUGGAUCAGCGGAGAAUCCCUCACCGCGGCCUCUCCGGAAGAUUCCGCAUCCCUUCAAGGGUGGCAUGAAGAAGGCGUCGAUCCAGCAUCACCAUCAGCAGAGCACGCCGCCGGACAGUCCGACGCUGCCGGGUAGAAAGUUUAAGUAAAAAAAACAGUAAGAGCUAUAAUCACAAAUGAAUUAACGUAUUCUUUCUCAACACUCGUUCUCUCCCAAGUAAAGACUUAACUAAUGGUAACAAUGCAUGGGGAUUUACACUUCUCUAGGCGUAAUGGUCAAUCUAGGUGUCUAUAUUGGAAAUUAAAACAAUUCUAUUUCUUGUUAUCUACUGAGAUAUGAUGUAGUGCGAAAAGGUGGCAUUUCUUAUACACACAAUACACACACACACGCGCAGACUCCGAUGCAAAGUGAGGGAAAAUCUAAACGAUCAAUUAAAUAUUCCAAAUGAAAGUUAUUAAUAAAUUGUAAGAAUCACACAUGGACUUGUUUAAAAAUAUUGUAUUUCUCAUAAGAUUUAUUCGUUUAUAUUUUAUUUAUUUUUAAUGGAAGCUUUACUGCAUGUUUUAUUUUAUUUCACUCACAUCUGUACUAAUUCAUUGAAUGAAGAAAAAUUAUCCGUUCUCUCCCAAUUAAUGGACACAGAGUAUUACAUGUAAUUUAAAACUUAGUUCUUUCGUCCAGUAUUUAAGUUUGUCGAGAUACAGUUUCUAUAUCGAAGCAAACAGAUAAAUGUUACAGCUUAAAUAAAAUCUCUAUUAAACUGAUGAAGUA